AAUAACUUCAUGUUUAUUUUCCAACCGUAAUAAGCGACGCAACGUUUACUAAAUCACCUUAACCUUUGACAAUCGAAGAUCGAAGAAUUCAAACUUCCCGCGUGGAGCUCCACCUCGCGGGCUUUUCGCUAAGCUACUUGUGCGUGUUUCGGUCUGAUGCGUUCAACAGUGUAUAAAUAUCUAUCGCAGCAUCUGUUAUUAUUCUAAUUGUCAUCAACAGGUGUUGGGACUGGGGAAAAUGUUACGAAUUCACUGCUAAAUGGAAGCCAAACUCUACGCGUAUCGUAACAAGAAGCGAAGGGAGGCCAUGGUGGAGGCCGCGAAAAAUACGAUCAAGGAGGCACUGUCCUGGCAGCGAAGUUCGCCUGCUACUGCUGCUGCUGCACUUGAUGUGAGAUUGCAGGACAAGGAUGACCUGGAGAGCAUCAUAUCGGAAGAGAGCAUAGACUUGACACCUCCGCCCAGUCCGUUCUGCAGUAGGACUAUGUGCUUUCUCUACUUCAUGCUGUGGGCUACGCUGUACAUUAUCGCUGUUCAAGUUCAAUUUGGAGCUGUGUAUUUUGUGAUCUCUGUACUGGUAUUUAUCUACUUCAACACCAGGUCCGGGCCAAAGAAGAAGGGAGAAGUCAGUGCGUAUUCCGUGUUUAAUCCAGACUGCCAGUCUAUAGACGGCACUUUGAAAGCAGAACAGUUCGAGCGAGAGAUCAGAUAUGGUGCUGCGAGUGUACAUUGAAGUUACGACGUAUAUUUAUAGCUCUAAGCUUGAAAAUGACGAAGCAUUCUAUGUAUGUAUAAUAUACACACACAUAAUAUAUAAAUAUAUAUUUAUUAUGAUUUAUACGAGGUUGGAAGUCCAAAAUUGGUGCUGUGAAUAUAGUGUGACGCCGAGAGACUGUUGUAUUGGAAAGUAUUUUUUAAAACAAGAUUAAAUAAUAAACAAAUAACAAUAUACAAA